AUGGUGUCUCUGACCAAGCUUUCAUGUGCUUUGGGCAUCGCCGCCGUGGCCCUCUGCGCACCAGGUACCGCUACACAGCUCUCCCAAGAUCAGCAGACUUCGCAAGCCAUCCGGGGAAAAUGGAUCGUCACUCUGAAAUCUGGAUUUGCCAAACGAGAUGUUGACCAGCAUCUCGGCUGGAUCGAGAAAGUGCACAAGCGAAGCCUCGGCCGUCGUCAGACUGUGGGUGUCGAACGAAGCUUCGGCAUCGGGAGUUUCCACGCAUAUACCGGCGAGUUCGACGACAAGGUGGUCGCUGAGAUUGAAGGCAAAGAGGAGGUCGUUUCCGUCGAACCUGAUCGCGAAGCAUCCCUCACGGCUCUCAUCGAGGCCGGCAACCAACCCUGGGGCCUGGCCAGCAUCUCGUCACGAACAAGACUCGCCAGCAACGACGUCGACACACAGACGUACGUCUACGACGCGGGUGCGGGGACGGGCACCUUUGCGUACGUCCUCGACUCGGGCAUCCGCAUCUCCCACCCGGACUUCGAGGGCCGCGCCAUCAGGGGCCACAACGUCUGGCCGGAGCUCGCGUUCGACGACGACUUUGGCCACGGCACCCACGUCGCCGGUACCAUCGCGUCGCGGAGGUUCGGGGUCGCCAAGAACGCGACCAUCGUCGACGUCAAGACCACCAGGGUCGUCUACACCACCACGACCAAGAUCAUCGAGGCGCUGGAGUGGUCCGUCCAGAACAUCACCAACACCCCGGGAAGAGCAGGACGGAGCGUCGUCAGCAUGAGCUUGGCCACCGGCGUUUCGACCGCGCUGAACAACGCCGUCGACGCCGCGACAGGACUGGGUGUCUUCGUGGUUGUAGGCGCCGGCAACGACGGACGGGACGCGUCGACGAGGUCGCCCGCGAGCGCCCCGACCGCCUUCACCGUCGGCGCCAUCGCCAUCAACAACACGAGGCCGACCUGGUCCAACUUUGGGCCCUCGGUCGAUGUCUUCGCCGCCGGGCUCGACGUCAGGUCCACCUCGCUCUACCAGGACGGGACGGAGCUGCUGUCCGGGACGUCCAUGUCCACGCCGCACGUGGCCGGCCUAGCCUUGUAUCUGAAGGCGUUGGAGGGUACCGCGCUCAACGCGCCGGCGGCCAUAGCAGCUCGUAUAAAGGCUCUUGCUACCAAGGAUGCCAUCGCCAACGUCGGAGCCGGCAGUCCUAAUCUGUUGGCUUACAAUGGGAAUGGCCGGCGAUGA